AUGGCCGCGCCGCGCCGCCUGCACGUGCACUUCUGCGACGCGGGCGACGCGACGGAGGUGCUCGUGCCUCCGGGCGUCGACAUCAAGCGCCGGGUGUCAGACGAGAUGAGGGUUCCCGCGGCUGAGAUCAUGCUGCAGCUACUCUGCGAGGAGAUGGCGUACGACCCGGCGCUCCACAAGGCACUCUCGCACAUUCAGGCGGUGCGGCGCCGCGGCGAGCGGCACGUCAUCUACAACCCGCCGUCGAUCGACAUCUUCAAGACGCUCGAGGGCAUCUUCUCGCAGCUUACGGCGGUGUACGAGCUGCUCGACAACGCGCUCGAGUCGGUCUGUGUCGAGCCUGUGUGCUGCCGGCGGUGUCCACGGGCAGCAUUGCUGCUCUCGUCAGGCUGUGCGGACGCCGCCGAGCUGGCCGCAGCCAGAGCCAGCUGCGCCGGCGCCGCAGAUGUGCCGGUGCUGGUGGAUUGCCGGGCCGUCGACACGGUCACCAAUUUCACGUCGGUCGUGGAGGACCUCGCCGCCGGCGGCGUCGCCUCCGUGUCCAUCGCCACGGAUCGAUACCACGCACGGCGAGCGGCCUGGGUGGGAUCGCUCAUUCUCUGCUCACAGGGCAUCGCGGUCGCAGAGCCCAUCUCGGUCGAUUCCGGCGAGGUGCUCUGCGAGAGCGCGUUGAGAACACUUCGCGACUGUCUGCGCGCGCUGCUCUGGGUGGCGUGCGGCUGGCAUCUCGGCUGGCUCAAUUCACUACGCCAUCCCUCUCGCGUGGGCGUGGCGCGUGGCACCGAGGGAAGGAUGUUUGCUCCCCGCUGUCGCGUCGCGGAGAGGGCGUUUGCCCGGUGGAUCGCAGACGUGCCGAAUGCGAGAGAACGAUGA